AUGGGCGAGGAACGCUACCGUUUGGUGGUGCUCGGCUCGGCGAAAGUCGGAAAAACGUCAUUGAUCAGACAAUACCUCUACAAGGAAUUCUCUGCGAAAUACAAAGAAACGAUUGAGGAUCUACACUCGAGACAGUUUCGAAUACAGGGUGUCCCUUUACCACUCGACAUCCUCGACACGAAUUUCAACUUUCCCGAUAUGAGGAGAUUAGCCAUUUCUACGGCUUCCGCCUUUUUAUUGGUUUUUUCCGUCGAUGAUGUGCAGACUUUCAAAGAGAUGUCCGAUCUAUGGCAAGAGAUCUGCGAUCGACGACCGGAUAUUAGUCUUCUCCCAACUGUUGUAGUUGGAAAUAAGUGUGAUCUACCAACGAAAAAGAUUUUCGAAGCCACUGCCACUGCGUUCACAAAUCGUUUAAGUGGUGAUGUUCGAUAUUUGGAGGUAUCCGCAAAGAGCAACAUUCGAGUGACCGAAAUCUUUCGUACUCUUCUCGAGAUUUCCGGAUUCCCAAGAUGCAAGAUUCCAUCGAUAAGCAGAACUUUAAAGGCAAGUGGUGGUCCAUUGGAGGAUUUGAACGAGGGAAAAGACGAGGAUUCGCCGGUGUUGAGAAGACACAAUACAGCACGAGAAAGGCCGACGAAUCGACAGAUUUUCUCGCAAAAGCAAGAACUCCGUGAAUUCGAGAGUCCAUUGAAAGAGAAUCCUCCUCUCAAUCAUCAAUCAUCACAUCCAGUGCUUUCUGUGGCUGAUCGCCUCCUCGCCAACAAUGGAGAUUUAAAAAGACAUCGAUCAUUGAGAAUGAAAUCCCCUCGACGCGAGAAAGAGACCUUAGAGAAGAAAGCACUGGAUGACUCAGAGACAAAACCGCUAAGUCGCUCUGGGUCAUUGAUCCGUCGAACGAAGCAUCUCAGUUUGAAGAUGAGAAGACACGGCGAAAAACAAGAGCCAAUGGUUGACGAGAGUGAUUGUCGGAUACAG